GCAGCAGACCUGCUACGUAAAGCCCAAUGGUGAGGGUGGCGGUGGCUGAGACCUAGCAGAGAGCACCAUGAGCGGACAAGUUGGGGACCUGAGCCCGCAGCAGCAGGAGGCUCUGACCAGGUUCCGGGAGAACCUCCAGGAUGUGCUGCCCACCCUGCCCAAGGUGGAUGACUAUUUCCUUCUGCGCUGGCUCCGAGCUCGGAACUUUGACCUUAAGCAAUCUGAGGACAUGCUCAGGAAGCAUGUGGAGUUCCGUAAUCAGCAUGACCUGGACCACAUCCUCACAUGGCAGCCCCCAGAGGUGGUCCAGCUCUAUGACUCUGGUGGUCUGUGUGGCUAUGACUACGAAGGCUGCCCUGUGUGGUUUGACAUCAUUGGGACAAUGGACCCCAAGGGGCUCCUUAUGUCGGCUUCUAAGCAGGACAUGAUCCGGAAGCGUAUCAAAGUCUGUGAGAUACUUCUCCAUGAGUGUGAGCUGCAGAGUCAAAAGCUGGGCAAGAAGAUUGAGAGGAUGGUGAUGGUGUUCGAUGUGGAAGGGCUGAGCCUGAGGCACUUAUGGAAGCCCGCGGUGGAGGUCUACCAGCAGUUUUUUGCCAUCUUGGAAGCAAAUUAUCCUGAGACAGUGAAAAAUUUAAUUGUUAUUCGAGCUCCCAAGCUCUUCCCAGUGGCUUUCAACCUGGUCAAGUCAUUCAUGGGAGAGGUGACACAAAAGAAGAUCGUGAUUCUGGGAGGUAACUGGAAACAAGAACUUCUCAAGUUUAUGAGCCCUGACCAGCUGCCUAUGGAAUUUGGGGGGACUAUGACUGAUCCUGAUGGGAACCCCAAGUGCCUGACCAAGAUCAACUAUGGGGGCGACGUGCCCAAGCGCUAUUACCAGAGCAGUCAGGAGAGGCCACAGUAUGAGCACACUGUGGUUGUGGGCCGAGGCUCCUCCCAUCAGGUGGAGAAUGAGAUCCUGUUCCCAGGCUGUGUGCUCAGGUGGCAGUUUGCAUCAGAUGGUGGAGACAUUGGCUUUGGAAUUUUCCUGAAGACCAGGAUGGGGGAGAGGCAGAAGGCCGGAGAGAUGGUGGAGGUGCUGCCCAGCCAGCGCUACAACACCCACAUGGUGCCUGAGGAUGGGAGCCUCACCUGCCUGAAGGCUGGAGUCUAUGUCCUACGCUUUGACAACACCUAUAGCCUCCUGCAUACCAAGAAGGUUGGCUACACUGCAGAGGUGCUUCUUCCAGACAAGGCCUGUGAGGAGAAGUUGCAGGGCCUCGGGUCAUCGAGCCCUCCUCAGGACAGUGAAGACUCUAGCCACCUCUGACCCCGCUCCAUCCAACUCCUUCACAUGCCCCUACCCCUUGCACCCCAGGCAGGAUGAGGCUGAAGAUGGCUGUAGAGAUCUCCAACCCUCAUCUCCAUCUCAGCCUCCCUUGGGACCACUCAGACACAGACCAGCACUUUCAUCCCCUGUACCCAGAGAAUGGUGCUGAAGGUGACAUCACAUAUCCACUGAGAAAGGACCCUGCCUCUUGUUCUCACUCUCCUGAAGACACCCACCCAGGAUUCAGCCAUGCCUGAUAUCCCUGCUGGGAUUGGGUACAUGAAAUCCAUGUCUGGUUCCCCACAGGAAGCACAGCUGCAGGAUAGCUUCUCUCUAAUUGGAGGUCAGCAAGGAUGGGAAGGGCUAGCUGGAGGCAGCUGGGCAGACUGUGAAGCGGGAAGAGGCCCCAGCUGAAGCAGAGCAUCAAGGCCUUUCAAAAUCCCCCUCCUUUGGAAGGAACAGCAGCCAUGGAGAGACAGGACACAGAGGGGGAACCAUCAGAGGAAAAGUCGCACUCAGCUCUAUGAGAUUGAACAGGCUGCUGAGUCUAAUGAAGAGACACACAUACAUGCAAACGUGCACCUCCUGCACAUACACACACCCGUAGGAUCCUACUGAUACUCAAUUUUGACAUUUCCCCUCUUAAGGCAGUUGCCCAGGAAAAGCCAUCAUCAAGCCCACUAUGUAGCCCAGGCUGGCCUAGCAUUAGUCUACCUUCUUCAGUGUCUUAAAUGCUAGUGUUGCAUAUAGACACCACUAUGCCUGGCCUGGGUGGAACUCAGGACCAAAGCUAAGCAGCAGGGAGGCACAGGUACUAGAGGGCAGGGUGAAUCAUUCUGGGGAUUUGGCCUGGUCUCUAACUUGCUUCUUAGAGAGUCUUCCAGUUUUCCAUCCAUCUGCAUGUCUAACGAGAGAGAUGUAGCUACCAACAUGGCUUCUCCGUGUGACCCAGGAGCCAGCAGGUGAUAGCUUGUUGCAUGUGAUAUCUCAAAGGCUGGCCCUCCUGGCAUACAUGGAUAGUCAGCCAGCCCACUGGGUGUACUGAACCUAACAGCAGAUGCUGCUGAGUUUGAUCCAGUGUGCCUCUGUGGACUGGCUCAGAGAUGCCAUGACCUGAGGCCUAAGAGCUUAGGCUGUCCCGCACUGCUCCCUCCUGGGCCUCUGGCUGGGACAGAAGACCUGAGUCCCAUGCAGGGUGGCUCAGACACUGAGACACUGACGUAGGUUACUGAUGUUACCUUCUUUGUUUGUCCUUCUGUGCUGAUGGGCCAAUGUCCCUGGAAUUAAUGAUCAGAUAGAUGCUCUAGAAAGGGAGGCCUUACUUCAAAGUGCCAUCAGCCUAGACACCUUAGCAGACAUCACCUUGUCAAGGCACCUUGCAAGCAAGAAGUCAGGCCUCGCCCUUUCCUGCUUCAAGAUCCCAUCUUCGGUUUUCUCCGCUUGUAGAUGUCUUCAUUAUUGAAGACAUCUUAAAGGAGAAAAACGGUAAACCUUAAAGGUGAGGGAGCUCUUCAGGGAAGCCCCUAGCCACUGUACUUGGACCAGUUGGACUAUUUACAGUCAAGGUUUAGAGUCUGAAUAGGGGUUAAAUGCCAAGAGGCAGUGCCAAGAGAAAUUCCUGCCUAAGAUUAGCUUAUGCAGACUGUCAAGA